AUGAACAGGAAGCAGCUUCAGAAGAUUCCGGACCAAAGUAGCAACUUCACCACCAGCUUCAUGUGGGAAUGUGAUUCCAGCAAGACUUUUGAACUACUAUCAGGUAUGGGUGUCUCUGCCUUGGAGAAGGAGGAGGUGGACAAUGAGAACAUUCCACAUGAACUGCUCUUAAACCUUGGCUACCGCCAGAACCCUCCCAGGAAAUGGCUAAAGAUCAAGGGCCGCGACAAAGACUUUGUUAUCAUCCGUAGGCCUAAGCUCAAUCGAGAGAACUUUCUAGGUGUUUCCUGGAACUUGCUUCCAGAUGAGCUGCUCCUUGGAAUCUUUUCCUGCCUGUGCCUCCCUGAGCUGCUGACAGUCUCUGGAGUCUGCAAGAGGUGGUACCGCCUCUCACUCGAUGAGUCCCUCUGGCAGUCCCUCGACCUCACAGGUAAAAAUCUGCACCCCGAUGUGACUGUCCGUUUGCUUUCUCAAGGGGUGAUUGCCUUCCGCUGCCCACGAUCGUUUAUGGAGCAACCACUGGGUGAAAGUUUCAGCUCUUUUCGAAUACAGCACAUGGACCUGUCGAACUCAGUUAUAAAUGUGUCAAACCUCCAUGGGAUUCUGUCUGGGUGCUCCAAGCUGCAAAAUCUAAGCCUGGAAGGCCUACAGCUUUCAGAUCCCAUUGUCAACACUCUCGCACAGAAUGAAAACCUGGUGCGACUAAACCUUUGUGGGUGCUCUGGAUUUUCUGGAUCCGCUGUGGCGACCCUGCUAAGCAGCUGUUGCAGACUGAAUGAACUGAACCUCUCCUGGUGCUCUGAGUUCACUAAAAAGCAUGUGAAAGCGGCUGUGGCACAUUUAUCAGCGACCAUCACCCAGCUCAACCUCAGUGGCUACCGAAAGAACUUCCAGAAAACAGAUCUUUGUACCUUAAUUAAACGGUGCCCCAACCUUGUCCACCUUGACUUAAGUGACAGUAUCUUGAUAAAAAAUGACUGCUUUCCAGAAUUUUUUCACCUCAAAUACCUCCAACACCUCUCACUCAGCCGGUGCUAUGAUAUAAUACCUGAAACUCUACUUGAACUUGGAGGAAUUCCCACACUAAAAACAUUACAAGUUUUUGGAAUCAUGCCAGAUGGUACCCUUCAGCUGCUGAGAGAAUCCCUUCCUCAUGUGCAGAUUAAUUGUGCCUAUUUCACCACCAUUGCGAGGCCAACUAUGGACAGCAAAAAGAACCCAGAGAUUUGGGGUAUCAAGUGCCGACUGACUCUGCAAAAGCCCAGUUGUGUAUAA